AUCCUUUAUACGUAGGCAACUACGUUACCGAUAUGCAAGGUCAUGGAUCCUCAAACAGUUGGGUCUCCAGAAUGAUCUCUUCAAGAAAGAAUCUUGUUUUCACAAGAUCAAAGAUCUUCGCUACGAGCAGCUACCAUUUUUACCGACUACUUAAAAUCAAUGUGCUGCUUGUAAGACUGGUCUAUCGCAAAGGUGGCAACCACCCUCGAUCGAUUUGCUACGCAUCCCACAGAUGACGCCAAAGUGUUCGAGAUUCGUGCGAAUCGAGGGCGCAUGCCGGGACACGCGCGUGCCACGGUCACGCGUACGCUCUCCCUAGGAGAGUCAGCAACCAGUCAGCAACGGAUCGCGGGGUGGGAAGGCAGAGUGACGGCAGGGAAGAGUGGAGGGAGGCUGGUUUUGGCUGGCUGGCUGGCUGGCGAAGUAGCGAGGUACCGUGCCGCGCAGCCACACCGGCCACUGCGACGGCCGCGGCGGAGCGAGCGCGUUCGUUCCUCCGUUCGUUCGGUUUGUUCUUAUAGCGCGAACGACAUCGCGAUGUGAGGAUGUGAUGGAACUCGUCGAUGAUCGCUCAACGCGAGACUCGACGCUACAAGCGGUGAGCUGCGAUUAAUUACCAAACGGGGUGUGAGUCGAUAGCUCGCGCCUGACAAGAAGAAAGGGUGAGGAGGAUCGUUGGGGCGGAGGAGGGAAAGAGAGAGAGAGAGAGCGCACGGAGAGCUCACGUGACAACGCAGGGGGUUGCGAACUGUCUGACAGUAGUACGUCGAGCGGCUGCUACUACUGCUUGCCGUAAGUUGCUUGUUGUGACUGUGACAACGACAGUGACGGCGGCGGCGACGGUGGCGGUUGGUGGUGGUAGUGGUUGUAGUGGUGGUGGCGACGACGACGACGACGACGGCGGCGGCGGCGGCGGCGACGGCAGCGGCGGCGAGGACGACGGUGGGUAGCGACGGUGCUGUCCGGAGCACUGCUGCAGCUCGAUCAUCCGCGGUGAAAGGGAAGGCUGGCGUGGCCCUCGAGGUUACGAGGCCAGGCGAGAAAGUGGGUGUUGCCGGAACGACGUCGGUUACGACGACGACGACGACGACGACGACGAGGACGAGGACGAGGAGGACGGGAAGAUCGUCCGAGUCCUGCAGGAGUCGGUCGUCGGAACUUCAUAGAAAGGAGGCAGAGCAGGUGGACAGGACGACCGGAAGAAGGAUGUUUGUCGGUCGUCGGUCCUGGAGUCGACGUCAGCCCUUCGCUGGCUUCCUCCUCACCGAUGACCUCGUGCCUCAAGACCUGCGGCGCUGAAAUCCCUCCCCAGGAUGGCAGGAGCGAGCCGAGAGAUUCGGCAAGGUCCUGAAGAUUUCGUGCUCGCUACUCAUCGCGGUGGGCGAAGCUGGUCUUCGUGCGAUUAGGGGCUGUGCUAGGGAAGCGCGAGCCGGGGGUGGUUCCUUCCAUCGCGAGGAUCGAGAUGAGCGAUCUACAGGCCACCCUCGAGUUCUCUCUCGAGCUCUGCAAGUUCUACAAUGUUGACCUCUUCCAACGAGGAUAUUAUCAAAUCCGAACUGCUCUCAGAGUGUCGCCGAAGCUGCCGGUCAAAGUGGAGAUCAAUCAACCACGAAAUCACUCCCUGGAGGCGCCGGGUACGAGCAAGCGCUUUCAGAUACUCUACAGGAACGAGGAGGUGACACUCGGUACCUCCGUGCUGUUCCGGGCUCACGUGCUCGUGCACAGUCACAAGAUCGAGGAGGCCCUGUCGCGCACCCACUUCAAUCUGGGCGUCGAGCUAUGGUUCAGCGAGCCGACACAGCCGGGCAACAUGGCCUGCGUGUCCUCGAGGGCGCUGCAGCUGAAUUUCACACCCACGAAGGGCCUUCACUACCAUCUGCCGGUGCUCUUCGAUUACUUUCACCUUGCCGCGGUGUCCAUCACGAUCCACGCCUGCCUCGUGGCACUUCAUCAGCCCUACAUCAAGAAGAGCAUACUGCACUACGUGCAGAGCUGCGCACCGCGAGGCGGGAAACCCUGGCUGCAGUUUAAACAAUCCCCGGCGAACGGCGACAAUAGUUCGACGACCUUCGGGAAUAUUGAGUCCACUACAAGAUGCGUCGGAUCGACGACGAGGAUGCAACACGCGAGAUUGGUGCAGCAGGAAGUCACGAGAUUGCUUCUGGCAGCGAGGGAAUCUUUGCUCAACGACUUGUCCGACUUGGCGCGGCUGCUCCCUUCUUGGCAACAAAGGGCGCUCGAGCUCGCACAGAACACGCACAAAGAGAUUACGAAGCUGAUGGACACUGAGGAGGCUGACAUAGCCCAACUCUGUGCACAAAAUAUUGUCCUCUGGCAGCACUUCCUGGAGGCGUUCUCCGGCCGAGAAGCGGUUCAUCAGCAUUUAGCGCGAAUUCAUCAUCAAUUGAGAGUAAAGCGUUUCGCGGAGGGUUUCUUCGUAUUGGAGAACCCCAGAACGUCGGCAGCGGGCUGUUACGACGCGAACUAUCAGUCUUACCAGGCAGUGAGCGAGGCCGCCCGGCGAUCGCGUUAUCUCGCGUCGCUGCCACCGUUGCCUGUCCAUUGUCCGGAGAUGGACGGUGAUCUUCACUCGUUGCCUUUGAUCUUUGAGGAUCAGUACGCUGACAUGCAGCAAAGGCACAGAAACAGCGUUCCCAACAUGGACGACUGCAGCUGCGGAAUAGCGGCGAUACUGGAGUCGCGCUCGAUGGGCAUCUGGUCACCCAGGAGCGAAGGCGCGGCGCAGGACAUCGGGUCGAUCCAAGUUCGCCUCACGCUGACGCCCUCCACGCUCCCUGCGAGGCAUAGCAAGUCCUUGGACCAGCUGGGGCCCGAUCUGGUGCCUCUGCAACCCAGAACGUCGCCGAAGACUCUACCGAGGUCCGUGUCGACCCAGCUGUUUCCGCGGCAGCGCGGUGGCGGUCGCAACGUCACUCCGCCCGCGACGGUGCCUUCCAGAGGAAGACCCAGGUCGACAGUGCCGUCCAGUGCUACCCUCUUCCCGCCGUCGGGUCAGCAGGCUUGUUCCGCGCCAAAUCCAUCCCUCGGCUCCACGCCGGUGAUCCCUUUACCUCGGGCUAAGUCCACGCAGAUGCUGGUACCGAACCGGCACCAACAGCAUCAGCAACAGUCCGAUCACCAAUCCACUUCCAUUACCUCGCUGUUGGCCGCGAUGUUUCCCGAAUUGCCGCCCGGCGGGCAUUUACCCGGUUACCGACCGUCGUCCAAAUCCUGCGAUCAGAAUCUCACGGUGCCGACCUGCAUGAGCGCAUUGGAUCCUGACCAGUUGCCCGACUGCUUAACGGAGAAAAAGUCAAAUAUCAUGGAAGACUAUCAUUCACUCGACACCAGGAGGAUACGAAACCUGCUGGAGCCGCGAAGCCAUCGUCUGGGGACACGCCAACCGCUGCCAACGACCACUAACGACCAAAGUAGCUUUUUAUCCGCCAAGGCUAACGUAAAUGGCGACAGCUUCCUGCAGGAUCCUCAACCACUGCACACCGCGACACUGGACAGGGUGACUUACCGGGGAAACUACCGGAAGUCUGGACAUCAGGCAGGAGGCAAAUACAGUCAGUCCAACGGCGUCGAAUGCCGCAGAUAUCAUACGCUCGGUAAGACGUCGAUGUCACAGGCGCAUAGAAAUCGCGAGAUAUCGGAGUCUAUGAACGGCAGCGCGCUAACCAACAGCUACUCGGUCCUGGCGGAACCUUUGAAUAAGAAAUCCAACUGUUACGCGACGAUUACGGACUCGUUCUUCUACCGCACGAACGGCAGCACCAGUGGACGAACGCGCGACGAGAUGAACAAGCCGAAGAGACCGAAAAGCACGGAAAGGCUCGUUGACGAGGUGGAGUGCAACGAAUGCUGCGACUUCCGACGAGAUCGGCCACGGAGAAGAACAGAGCGACCGGUCAAAUCAUCACCGCGCAACGGAGUGGCUCAGAAUUACGGCGACAAGGAGUCACGGCGCGGUCAAAGCGAGAAGAAGAACGCGGAGACGCCUCAGGAGCCGGUCUAUGAGGUGAUACCUUUGAAGCUAGAAACGAAGAGAGAAUCACGCAUGGAGCGCAAGAGAGACAAACGCAACAGGAGACCGCACUCCGCGCCCGUUCUCGACACCGACCAUCCGGUGGAGGAGAACAAAAAGUGCAGUCACAGAAAUAGAAAACCGGCCCCACCACCGCCAGGAUAUCAAGAUCUCACAGACGCACCUUUACCUAAAUAUCGUCAUCCCCCUACGACACCCACGACGAACGUCCUCGAAGUGGAGAACAAUAACAAAAUCAUCCUGAAGAUGGAACCCAUCAAGUCGCCUAUGGAGGUGGUGCCGACGACCAACGGCACCACGCCAUCGGACACGUCGAGCGUCGUGGUACCGCCACCGAAUGUAAAAAGACUGCGAUGCGCCAGUGUGCCAGUGGCACAGAACAAGGUGGUGGUGCCGCGUAGCGCGGUUUCUCUGCCUUGCAUGCCGAUACGCGACAGCAAGGACAGUUUGAGCAACAAUCUGCCGGUGAUCCCGAAUCCUCUCAGUCCACCGUCCACCAGGCCCAGCAGCCCCACCCCGAGCUCGAGCUCGAGUAAUCUCACGUCCGAGUGCUCCGGGUGGGUCAGUAGCGGCGACACUUCCAGCUCGGAGCAACGUCGCAACGCCAAGCUGUCGAGCGAGCAGUUGCGGCAAAAACUGUCAAAGAUCGUGCCGCGCAAAGAGCGCCCCGCGAAGGAGACCGUGGAAGAACACUCAUAUGAGGAGGUGCGUCUGCCACCACCGAAGAUGUUUCAGGACGAGCCACCGCCGCCGGAGGAGUUUCGCGACCCGCCGGCGCCGAUUGACAAUCUGCUUUACCACGUGUACGAGACGGUGAAGCAGACCAGGAGCCCAAAGCAGAAUAAAACGGCGCCUUGCAGCCCGCAGCGGAACCGGGACCGCGACAGGGAUAGUACCUUCAGCCCCAGGGAUAUCUGCCUGGACUGCUAUCAGGAAGGCAAAGAACUGCUGCAGUCCACGCAGGAUGACUUUAUCAAUUUCAAAAAGUGCAAAGAGGAGUUCAAGCGACAGAUGAGCUUCUCCGGCAGGAUUUAUAGAGAACGCAAGGAAGCACAGUUGCGUUUACAUAAACGUGCCCAUUCCUUCGGAUACGGUGACUUCCUGAACUCGUCGUCGGUUCAUCCAUUAAGAUCGAAUGUGCCUCUUAGUGACUAUCCGAGCCUGGCCUCGACCCUGCCGUACUUCCACAUCAGCGACGAGUAUCGGCUCUUCUCGCCGGAAGGCGCUCACCUCAUUAUAUGCGUCCACGGUCUCGACGGUAACGCCGCUGAUCUCCGUCUCGUCAAGACGUACCUGGAAUUGGGUCUGCCUGGAGCACAUUUGGACUUCCUGAUGUCCGAGAGAAAUCAGGGCGACACCUUCUCCGACUUUGACACAAUGACUGACCGGCUGGUGGCCGAAAUUCUCUAUCAUAUCGAGGCGUCGGGCCUGAAUCCGACGAAGGUGAGCUUCAUCGGGCAUUCUCUUGGGACCAUAAUCAUCCGGAGCGCCCUGACGCGACCGCAGCUGCGCCCGCUCCUCCCCCGUUUACACACCUUCCUCAGUUUGAGCGGGCCUCAUUUAGGCACUCUUUACAACACAAGCGGUUUGGUGAACGCGGGCAUGUGGUUCAUGCAAAAAUGGAAGAAGUCCGGAUCUCUGUUGCAAUUAGCGAUGAAGGACUCGCCGGACGUGAGACGUUCCUUCAUGUUCCGUUUAAGCCAGAAGAGCAAUCUGCAGAAGUUCAAACACGUCCUGCUGUGCGGGAGCGCUCAAGAUCGAUACGUACCGCUGCACUCUGCCCGAAUUGAGCUCUGUAAAGCCGCCGUACGAGAUCCGACUGAUCAAGGUGCUGCGUAUCGCGAGAUGGUGCACAACAUCCUGUACCCCGUGAUGUCAGCGCCCGGCGUCAGUCUCGUCAGGUACGACGUGCACCACGCUCUACCGCCGACGGCGAACGCCCUGAUAGGCCGAGCCGCGCACAUCGCCGUCCUCGACUCCGAGCUUUUCAUCGAAAAGUUCCUGCUGGUGGCGGGACUAAAAUACUUCAGAUAAGGAAAGGACUGUCUAGCGCACGAAAAAAAAAAGAAAGAAAAGAAAAAGGAACUGAUUAGA